UGAAAGGAACAUUCGAAGAUGUCGGGAGUAUAUAGACAACCGUUGAAUCUGUUGCAACCUGGCGCGCAAAAUGCGCUCGUGAUCGGUGUCAUUAUAAACAGUUUCAACAUGAAAACGAUCGAUGCUUCGCGAUCAAGAUUUAAUUGCGGCGAACGCGGCGUAUGGACUUUCACAUUACGCGAUUCCGAAGAUGACACGAUAAACGUGACCGUAUGGGGUAGCGUGCAAUUUGUAAGAAAAUUGUCCACGAAUUUUCACGUGGGUAGUGUAGUAGAAGUGAUUAACCCGAAGGUGAAGGAACGUCUCCCAGAAGAUAGAAACGAACUCUUUGUACCAUCUGUGUCGAAUCGAUCUAGCCUUACGGUCAACGAGGGAAACUCGCUGGUGCAAGCUCACGACGCACCAACACGAUCGCAAUACGAAGCCCUUUUGACGCAGCCAAUCAAGUGCCUAACCUUCGCACAAUCUCUGAAAAGCAUUUUCGAUCAUUUGGAGGCGCUACGCGACUCAUACGUCGACGUCUUGGUCGUCGUCACGUUUGUCAGCGAUAUUCGUAACGUGAUCACGCGAGAUGGGAGAAGCAUUAGAUUCCGGAAUUUCGAGGCGGCAGACGCCUCUACGGACGAAGUGGCGUCAAUGGUGCUAUGGGAGAACGAAUGGAUCGGCAGAGCCGCGUUUUGGGAGCCCAGACGGACUGUACUUUCCCUGACGGACGCUCGCGUCGCUUAUGAUAAUUUUAAGAAAAGGACAGUCUUAUCAAUAGUUAGGAAAACCCUGAUCGUCGAAAAUCCCAACUCACCGCAAACGACGACCAUCAGGAAUUCCCUACAAUAUUACGACCCGGACGUAAUGUCUGGAAACACGUUCGCGUCGCCCAAUCCGGAUACUAUUUCUACCGUGAUGACUAUACAGGAAAUUUCUGACAGGUUGAAUAAACACUCGAAGCCGGGGGAGAGACUUCAGUUUGCCGUCAUUUUGAAGGCCUACGUAAUGGACAUAAACAUCGAGAGCACGAGUUCUACGAUCAUAACUAGAAGAUGCGCGUUAUGCAAGAAAAUCAUCCUCGACGACAACGACUCGUGUAUGGAUCUCGAAUGCCCGUCGGGAAACGGAUCACGCGUUCCCAUGAACGUAGUGAGUUUUAAUUUGAAAGUAAACUUGAAAGACGACACAGGAUAUCUGAUCGGGUGCAAGUUAUCGGGAGACACUGCUGAACGCGUCCUUGGUUGUACAGCUACCGAAUUUCUGGCGAUGAAAAUUUCCCAACGCGAAGACUUGAAGUGGAAAUACGCGUUGGAAAAAUGCGACAUUCGCUUACACAUUCUUGGACCAACGGCUACCUUCCCGAGCGCCGUUUACAAUAUUUUGUUCAUCAGCAGGGACGAAGAGGAUGACGAGGACACGCAACCGCUCAACGAGUUUGCAAACUGGGCCGAUGCCUGAAAUAUUUGGAUUUAACGAUCUUACGUAUUCCACGUGUUAAUGGAUCAUCACUUUAUCAUAUAUAAUCGUAAAGUACAAUGUUUCGAUAAUAACGUGAAGUUGUUAAAGAACUAUCUUCAAUAGCAAUAAAACUGACUUUAAACUUAA